AUGGCAUCAAAGAUAGAAGAGCCUCCUGUCUCUUGGAGCUCAACGGCGAGCACGAUUCCCCCUUACGAUGGCUCCCCAAGGAACAUUGCUAGCAUCGAUGCUCUGGAUUUCGGCGUCCAUUUAACUCCCAAGAAGUAUGAGAUGGCAGGAACACAUCCAGACUCCAAGAUCAUGUUCCUAGAUGUUGAAAUUCUGGACUCUACAGGAAAGCUACCCUACCGUGGUGAUGUUCUCAUUGAAGGGGAGCGGAUAACCGCCGUCGGAAAUAUUCCUGGAAAAGAAGAACUCAAGAAAAAUCCCCGUGUACGGAAGAUCCUUGGACGAGGGCGCACCUUAAUGUCUGGCCUAGGCGAUGCUCACACUCAUCUCUCCUGGAACGGAGGCGACCUUGAGCGCCUUGGUGAACUUGCUGUCGAGGAGCAUACUUUGCUCACUGCCAGGAGUGCUCAGUGCUAUGCGGACUCCGGUUACACCAUGUGUUUCGGGGCGGCAGCAGCUAAAGAUCGAUUAGACGUGGUGAUUCGUGAUUCCAUCAAUGAUGGAGAUAUACCUGGUCCAAGGUGCCUGGCAAAUGGAAUGGAAAUUGCCCGACGUGACGGGGAGCUGGUGGCUGGGAUCACUGCAUUCGCCGACGGUCCAGAAGAAAUGAGGGAAAAGGUUAAGCAUCAUGCUGAGCUCGGAGUGGAUCAGAUAAAACUCAGUAUGUCUGGUGAGGAGAUAACUGAGACCAGAAGUGCACAGGAUUGUUACUUCACAGACGAAGAGACCGCUGCUUGCGUCGAUGAGGCUCAUAAGCGUGGAAUACGUCUUUGUGCACAUGCUCGAGCAAGGGAUUCGGUAAAGAUGUGCGUGAAACAUGGAGUUGAUGUUAUAUAUCACGCCUCGUAUAUCGACGAUGAAGGAAUGGACAUGCUAGAAAAGAACAAGACAAAACAUAUUGUUGCCCCAGCCAUAAAUUGGUUAGUAAAUAUAUUUACCGAGGCCGCAAAGUUUGGAUACACGCCUGAAAAGGCAGAAGAAGUUGGAUACCGGAAAGAAAGGGAUACCGCGAUCUUAGCUCUGCGAGAGAUGCACAGACGUGGUAUCGUAAUCUUGCCAGGAGGUGAUUAUGGCUUUGCCUGGACCCCCCAUGGCACAUAUGCUAGAGACCUUAUGCACUUCCAGGAACUCAUAGGUUUCACAGCUCAUGAAAGUGUCAUCGCUGCUACCGCUGGCGUAGCAAAGCUAUUCAUGCGCGAACAUGAACUAGGUAAGAUCCUGCCAGGUUACUAUGCCGACUGUAUCCUAGUCGACGGGAACCCGCUUGAAGACAUCGCUGUCCUUCAAGAUCAUGCAAAACUCGACGUCGUCAUCAUCAACGGGCGAGUACAUAAGAUUGGGAAAAAGGAUGGUGCCGGUAGGGUAUCUUUGAGUGCCAACCCUGAGAGUAACGGCCAUGCAAACGGUGCCGAGAGCAAUAUACCAGACGGAGAGAAUGUCCAGCAUGAGGAAUUCGCAGAGAUCAAGAGGAGUAUGCAGAAGCAAUAUUAA